AUGGCCUCCAGACACGGCCUGCGGACGUGCGCCGCUUCCAUCCGCGCCGCGGCUGCGCGACAGCAGCCCAUACGCCCACUCAGCACGACGGCCGCACGACGCCACAACAACGAGCCGCAGCAGCAGCAAGGCCGAACCACCCAUUUCGGCUUCGAGACGAUUAAUCAGGAAGAAAAGGCCGACCGCGUGGCUGGCGUCUUUACCAGCGUAGCCGAGUCCUACGACAAGAUGAAUGACCUCAUGUCCUUUGGCGUCCACCGCCUGUGGAAGGACUACUUCGUCUCCUCGCUGAACCCCGGCGCGACGACGCCCCUCGGCCGCCCGCAAAGGGUCCUGGACGUCGCCGGCGGCACCGGCGACAUCGCGUUCCGCAUCGUCGAGCACGCGCACAGCCAAAACGCCAACCCCAACAUCCACGUCACCGUCUCCGACAUCAACCCGGCCAUGCUCGACGUUGGCCGCCAGCGGUCCCUGCGCCUUCCCGCCUCACACCAGGCGGCGCUGUCCUUUCUCGAGGCCAACGCCGAGCGCAUACCCGCCAACGUCCCCGAUGCCUCGCUCGACCUCUACACCGUCGCCUUUGGCAUCCGCAAUUUUACCGACAUAUCCGCCGCCCUGCGCGAGGCCUACCGCGUGCUAAAGCCCGGCGGUGUCUUUGCCUGCAUGGAGUUUAGCAAGGUCGGCAACCCGCUGCUCAAUGCCGCGUACAAGCAGUGGUCAUUUAGCGCCAUUCCGCUCAUCGGCCAGCUCGUCGCUGCCGACCGCGACAGCUACCAGUACCUCGUGGAGAGUAUCGAACGAUUUCCCAGUCAGGAAGAGUUUCGCGACAUGAUCAAGGACGCCGGCUUUGACGUGGCAGGCUGUGGGUACGAAAACUUGACGGGUGGCGUUGCUGCCAUUCACAAGGGCAUCAAACCUCUGAAAUAA